AUGAGUGGAGAGUUUAAUGGUUUGGAAAGUAUUAUCAUGAAGGAGAGUGGAUGUGCUUUGUUUGUCCAUUGUUUUGCUCAUCAACUACAAUUAGCACUCCUGGGUGUGGCAAAAAAAUAUGAUUUAAUAGGUACUUUUCUCACCGUAGUGUCUAAUGUAGUGAAUGUUGUUGGAGCCUCUUCUAAGCUUCAUGACAUUCUCCGGGAAAAACAAGCUCUCAAAGUCAUCGAAGCCUUAAAAGGUAGAGAACUUUUGAGUGGAAGAUGCCAAAAUCAAGAAAGUGCAAUUAAGCGUCCAUGUGAUACACGUUGGGGAUCACACUUUGGUACUUUGGUAAGCUUUACUAUCAUGUUUUCAUCUAUUAUUGAUGUGCUUGAGGAAAUUAAAAAUGAUAGAUUGAAUAGUGAGCAAAAAUAUGAAGCAUCUAUUAUGUUACAAAUGGUGCAAACAUAUGAUUUUGUCUGUAGCUUGCAUUUGGUGAAGAAUAUUCUUGGGAUCACAAAUGAGUUGUCACGAGUCUUACAAAAAGGUGAUCAAGAUAUUGUGAAUACAAUGGAUUUAGUCAAAAUAUGCAAGAAACAGUUACAAAUGAUGAGAGACAAUGGAUGGGAUUCUUUAGUAGAAGAAGUUUCUAAUUUUUUGAUAGAUUUACAGCUACAAGAGCUAAAUAGUCGUUUUAAUGAGGCUAAUACUGAGUUGCUACUUUGUUUAGCAUGCUUAUCUACAGCUAAUUCAUUUUCUGCUUUUGACAAGGGAAAGUUAAUCCGUCUUGCUCAACUUUAUCCAUGUGAUUUUUCUACAAUGGAUAUAAAGGUACUAGAAUAUCAACUUCAAACAUAUGUUGAUGAUAUGCAUUCUCAUGUCAAGUUUUCAGCUUUGAAAGGGAUGGUUGAUCUUUCUAAGAAACUAGUUGAGACACAAAAGGAUAAGGUAUAUCCAUUGGUUUAUUUGCUUAUUAAAUUGGUAUUAACGCUUCCAGUUGCAACAGCUUCGGUAGAAAGAGCAUUCUCUGCAAUGAACAUUGUGAAGAAUCAAAUGCGCAACAAAAUGGGAGAUCAAUGGUUGAAUGAUAGCCUCACUGUGUGUCUUGAGAAGGAUGUAUUCAAUGCUAUUGAUAGUGAGCCUAUUAUUCAUCGUUUUCAAAACAGGAAAUCCCGUCGAGGACAACUUUAA